AUGGAAAUCUUCACCGUUAACAGCGAGAGCCCGCGCGGCACGAGGGAGAAAGAGGAUGCAGCCGUCAGCCCGACCGCCGAAGGGAGCCGCCUGGGGCGUAGCAUACAAGGCGAGAGCGCAUGCAGCGAGCAAGAGAAGGACUCGGGACAAGAGGAGGACUCAGGCGACCAACAAUGUGAGAGCCAACUCGGUGGCGAUGACUUGGUCGACAAUGACCUGGGCCGCCCGGAGGAUGCAGGCACAACAAGUGGCCCUCAGAACUUAAGAAGUAGUGGCACGCAUGUCAAUAUGCAGAGUUCAAUCUCCUUGCGACCAGAUCCGUCAUGUGUCACCCUGACCCUCUCUACGGGCCAGCUUGCAGAGUUGGCACAAACUUUGGGUCGACGUGUUGAGGAGGCGACGGUGGCCACGGUAUCUGCCGGCCUAAUGAGACGCGUCGAGGAUGCAUUCGUCACAACUUUUGCUCCGGCAAUUCAGCGCAUGGUCGAAGAAGCCACCGCCAAAGCCAUUUCAGGCCGCAGGGGGACAAAGAGAAAGCGGCCCGGGAAGCAGUCUGGCCGAUACGAGAAUGAAGAUGAUGAAGAUGAGGUCUAUCCAGAUGAGGACGACGAAGACGAGUACGACGAAGACGAAAGCGAGAGCGAUGGGGAUAGAGAUGUGAAUGGAUCCGUACAUGAUGCACUUGACUUCACCGCGGAUCCCAAUCUCGACCGAGGAAACACAGGCCCGGCAAGUCAAAGACGGCUGUGGGGGCGGCAGGAUUCGUCGUUUAUGGACUGGGCUAUUGCGUAA